UAUUAUGUUUAUUCAGGCUGCGCAUUUAAGAGGUAUUUGAUUAAAGCAGUUAGCUUAAGGUAAUAUUUUACUAAAUAUCUGUUAGCAAACAAACGCUGCUGACAUGCUAAGUGCAUUAUCCUUAGUGUAUGAUUUUAGGCCACCAAUGAGUUAACUACCCUAAUGAAGUUGGCAUAGUGUUACUUUAUUAAAUGAAAACUAAACGGGAAAGAGAAAAUCUGUUGUCGCAUCAUAAACCAACCCCAUUAAGCAGAAUAUAGAAGAGACGGCAAAGGCAGAAAACAGUGAGAGAAAGAGAUGCGCAGAAAAAAACAGUAAAGAGCACUGUUUCCCUGCAGGGCUGCCUUAGUCAAGAGAUUGAUAGUUGCACAUGAUGACUGUAGAGCCUGCAAGCCUGGAGAGCCUGAGAGUGCUCUACCAGAGUGAUGACUACAUUGUAGUGGACAAACACUGGGACAUCCGUAUUGACAGCAAAAUGUGGUAUGAGAAACAGACUGUGCAGGCGCAACUUCAGCACCGCUUCCCUCAUCUGGCAGACCCUAGCACAUACUAUGGAUUUAGGUUCUGUCAUCAGUUGGAUUUCUCCACCAGUGGAGCACUUUGUGUUGCUCUAAAUAAGGCUGCUGCCGGCAAGGCUUAUCGUUGUUUCAAGGAUCGCACCGUCACCAAGGCCUACCUUUCACUGGUUCGUGGGUGGGUUGAACAUGAGACGCAAACUUUGGACUUUUCUAUUGGCAAGAACUCCACUGAGGGAAAAACACAUAUGAUGUGCAUUGAGGGAACAGAAGGUUGUGAGAAUCCCAAGUCCUGUCAAACUGAACUAACAGUGUUGGAGUAUGGAUUGUAUGACGGGGAUCCUGUCACCAAGGUGCUACUGCAGCCACUCACUGGCCGAACCCACCAGUUAAGGGUCCACUGCAGCGCCAUUGGCCACCCCAUUGUUGGAGACUUCACCUACAGCUUGGGAGCAGACGACUCUCCGUACCGUAUGAUGCUGCAUGCCUACCUCCUUCACAUUCCCCUGGAACCCCAGCAUCUUCUUGUCAUCGCCGGAGACCCCUUUGUCCCAGCAGUUGACCCAAAAUGGCUCCCACAGCGCUCAUUGCGGACAUUGCCAGCUACUGUGGAGGCCCUGUUGGAGAACAGAAAGACUAAAGAGGAGGAACAGAAGGGAGCUAGAAGAAAAGAGGAAAAGCAGAAACAAACGAAAGGACAGACGAUUGAAGAGGAGACUGAGGAGCAGAGGAGGGUUUGCCAGGAGUGGUUGAGUGAAUGGGCUGGAGACUGAUUGUGGAGGAGUUUUUUUGUUAUUUAUUUUCCUUUAUUUUAGCUGUCUACUUAUACAAAGCAUGUUGAGCAUGCCCCACACCAUCUGAGAGACCACCUGCACUUUGUAAAAUUUGCAAAUAUGUGGAUUAAUGUAUUUUAUUCCUCAUAAGCAGCUUUAAAUCACAAAAACGUUGUGCAAUAAUAUUUCAUGCUGCUCUUAAAAAUAUUUUGCUACAGGUAUUCUCUCACUAGAAUAUAAAAACUAAUUUAAAAUCACAUAUCAGCUUCAUGUUGAUAAUAAUGAUGGUCAUUUCUCUUUGAAACAAAAGAGCUUUUAAUUCAAGAAAAGCAUGUCAAAAGGCGAACAAAUACCAAGGAGACUAUUUAAGUUUGAUGUGCCUGGACUAUGACAUACAAGGAGCAGUCCAUGCAGGUUUUGCCCAGGAAAAACUGGUUGUUAUGUGCUGUAUGAUGUAUCACACUGACAUACAUGACAUUCUCAUGUAAAAUAGCUAAUAACCAAAUUGCAUCUAUUAAACUUCUUUCAGUUGUG